UGUGUGUGAUGAGCUAAUUUGUUUUGACAGAACUUGUGCUUCUUUUUUUUCCUCUAGCUAUUUAAUUUAAAGGCUUGACAUUUUGAGUUACUGGGGCAGUUACACACUGACACAUUUUAGUCAUUGGGGCUUUUUCUAUUUGAAUCAUUCUUGGAGUUGAGAAGGUAAAGACUGUGGUUGAGAUCACACUUGGAAACUGGAGGCAAAAUGAAUGACAGUAAUAAUGUGGAGAAAGACAUUGCACCAUCUAAAUUGCUGGCAAACCCAGAUUAUCUACAUUCAAAAGAGCAUUGCAGUAAAGCUACCUUAAAUUGGUGCUUAUUUUUCUUAAUCGUGUUUCUGACAAUCAUACUGUGUGGAAUGACUAUUACUUUAAGAGCAAUUAGAACUAACUGCCAUCAAAAGCCACCAGUAUGUCUUCAAGCUGCAUGCCCAGAAAGCUGGAUUGGUUUUCAAAGAAAAUGUUUCUACUUUUCUGAUGACACCAAGAACUGGACAUCAAGUCAGAGGUUUUGUGACUCCCAAGAUGCUAACCUUGCUCUGGUUGAAAACUUCCAGGAACUGAAUUUCCUGUUGAGAUAUAAGGGCCCAUCUGACCAUUGGAUUGGUUUGAGCAGAGAACAAGACCAACCAUGGAAAUGGACAAACGGUACUGAAUGGACAAGAUUUUAUAAAAGAAGGUGGUGCCAACUUGUAUGUUGCAAAGGUUUCACAAGUUCCUCAAAUUAGCCCAAAAGCUGUUGUGGUGAGGUAGACUGACUGUGAGCCUGGCUCCAGGUUUAUCUAUGUCAUUUUUGAAGACUUUCAUUUCAAAGCACACAAUACAAUAUCUUUAAGUCUGUUCCUUAUCUCCACAACAAAAUUUAUCUGUACUUGUCCUCCUGAUCUCACAGUGUUGAUGUGAGGAACAGAGAUUAUGAUGUAUCAGAGAAAGAUUAUGAGUGGCAGUAAUUAUAUCUAUUAUUUAAAAUAAGACAAUAGUUUAAAAAUUUUUAAAUGGGUAAAGUUUGGCACUAGAAAAUUUAAUCUCAAUUGUAUAUUCAUAGAAUCUUUAGAUUAAUAAAGAGGUUUGAGAUAAUGCUGUGAAAAUUGGAUUCCCAAAAUUUGACUCAACGUUUGUCUGAGAGAUGAGUUUUGAAAAGCUGCUUUAUUAUAAUGCAUUCAUCAGUAUUGGAAAUAUAACUGAGUAUUUAAUAAAAAAGGCCCCAGACUGGAAAUUGGCAGGUUUGAAAUGAGUUUUUUCUCAUUAACUUUUGACCUUGGAUAGGAAGAUAAGUUUUAGAAAUCAGAGAACAUGUACAUUUAUACACUGUUUUAUCUACACUGCCUAGCACAGGGUGACUGCUUCAUAAAUAUUUGGAAUUAACUUUUAUUUCUUGUUUUACAAUACUGAAGUAGUAAAUUUUCUCUACCUAUUUCUAGAAAUGCGUUUUUGUUUGUUGUGUUUUUGAGAGAUAGAGUCUCACUCUGUUACCCAGGCUGGAAUGCAGUGAUAGCAUCAUGGCUCACUGCAGCCUUGACUUCCUGGGCUCAAGUGUUCCUUCCAGCUCAGCCUCCUGAGUAACUGGAAUUACAGGCAUGUGACACUAUGC